UUAUUUUGAAAGGGACUUGUGAGCUUCGCGGCGGUUCUCUGGCUGAAUGUCCGUUAAGAAACCGAAAAGAAGGCAGAAAUUGAAGGCGACCUGCUCUUUAUCCUCGUUAUCAUCCCGGUGAUAUGAGACUGGACCGCAGGUGAUUGGUCAGUUUGGAGACAGGUUUGUGAAACGCGAUGGCUGAGAGGUUCCCUGCCAGCCCUGGUUCUUCAGAACCGGACAGUCCCGGAGGUCUGAACAGUGGAUGUCUGCUGGACCCCACAGAGGCCCUGCUCAGUGAUCUGUCCGUCAUUGUCCCAGAAACCCCCAGCCCACAGCUCGGCAAACGGAGGAGACACCGCCGAACCGCGGAGGAUCCUUACAGCCCAGGACCUCAGGUGGUGACCGGCGGCUCUCCAGGACCAGAGAAGUCCAUGGCGGGGGGGAAAGGUUUUUCACGUAAAUCUAAGCGCCGGCGACUGGUCGACCCGAGCGUCGGCUUCGUUCCAGCGUCAUCUCUCAGGAGUUUUACUCUGGGCGGCUGGCUGGAAGCCCCGUCCUCCUCAACAUCUUCUUCCUCCUCGUCUUCGUCGUCUUCCUCCUCCUCCGUCUCCUACCUCACUCCAGAGUCAGUCCUCAGGUCAAAACGUCUUGACGCGUCAGCUUCAGCGUCUCCCCCUGCAGCAGCAUCGUCAUCCAGCUCGCUGUCCUUCCUCACCGAUGAGGAGAGAAAAUGGCUGAACGAAGGACAAGGAGACGCCUCUCCAGUCGAAGGUCACAGUUUGGACAUCAAAGUUGCACCGGAAGCUUUGCAGCUUCAUCUGUCUGUCUGUGCUGCAGACCUGGAGGAGCAGAUUGUCAUCAGCGACGACGAGGAGGCGACAGUUCGCUCGUUACAGAUGAAGGAAGAUGAGGCGCUGGCGCGGAGCCUGCAGGCUCAGUUCGACCAAGAGGAGUCAGUCAGCAGACAUUAUCAUCACAGCCAUCAUCAUCAUCAUCAUCAUCAUCAUCAUCAGCAGAGUCACCAAAGGUGUUACUCCUACAUGCAGCCCAGCUGGAUGUCUCAGGUGUUGGCUGCCGUCUCUCCUCUCGUUGGAUUCGAAGACGAUCUGAUUGGUCAGCACAGGUGGCGUGGGCGGGGCCGAAGGAGGAGCAGGUUACCCGACUUCGUAGAAGAUCUCCAGGGGAACGACUACGAGGCUCUCCUGGAGUUGGAAGAGCGGCAGGGCGCCGUUGUGUCAAAGAAAAUGAGCCGCAGGGAAAUCCAGAGGUUUCCAACCAAAACCUUCUGCUCUGCGACCAACAGCGGGAACACCCAGUGCCAGAUAUGUUUCUGCGAUUACGCUGACAAGGAGAAGCUGAGGAUGCUGCCCUGUUUCCAUGACUACCACGUCCAGUGCAUCGACAGGUGGUUAAAGGACAACACCACCUGUCCGAUCUGCAGGGCCAACCUGGCUGAUGGAGACUCUCUAGCGCCCCCUACGCCGUGACCGGAAACUCCUCCCUGUUUUCUAAAGAAUAACUGAUUGACUUGAUUAUUUUUAGACUUAUAUUCCCUUCGUGUUUUUUAUUUUUUAUUUUUAUAUUAAACUCUGCAGGGUUUGUUGAAGCUGCUGCUCUUUGAUCUGUUCUUAAAUAAAAAUGUUUCUAUUUUUUUUUUUUUA